UGAGUCAAUAAUUAAAAUAUUAACAACAAUAUGCCAUUAAAAAGGAGAGCUGCGCCGUGACGUCAUGGUUAUUUUGCAUAACCCGUCGUAUAUAGAUGGUACUAACGGAAGUAAACGCCAGUACGCCACUUCUCCCACCCUUAGAUUCGACGUGCUACAUCGCGCCACAGCUGUAUACGCCACCAUGUGUGACAAACCGAGUGUCGAGGAAGUCACAACCUUUGACAAGACCAAGCUGAAAAAGACCGAUACCUGCGAGAAGAACACGUUGCCAACAAAAGAGACCAUCGAGCAGGAGAAGGCAGCGUAAUGGCCGAGCCCAAGUGUUGUACAUUCCACAAGCCCUUCGGCUGAACUCCACCUGCAAUGACUGGCCAAACGCCACCCCAUCACUCGGCUGUAAUCACCUUUUGGCACAGUGAAGAAUGGCUUGUUCACAUGGGUCCACGGUCUUGUAUUUUUGUGGAGGCAUCUCCACUGUGCAAGCCCACUGCAAUGCCUGGAAAUGCUUCCACAUUUUUUUGUAAAUCUGGAAUACAUGUUUGUUAAAUAUGGAAAUUAAAAAUCUAUAAAGGGUCA